AUGUUUCAGAACAUACAAACCAUAAUUUUAGAUGUAAACGAUGGCGAGAUGCGGGCAGGGUACUCCGAAAUAAAAAGAGAUAAUGUGGAACUACUAUACGGCAUGAAAUACAUAUAUGACGAUAAUAAUAGCAGCAAGUACGACAUCAAUUUUGACGUAAUGGAAAAACUUCUGGAAGACAUCUCAGGGAGUAAAGCAUUGGAUGAUAAUUUUCAAGACCAUCCCAUUUUGUUAACAGAGCCAAACAAAACAGAUAGGCGGUAUCGAGAAAAUUUUACAGAAUUGAUGUUCGAAACGUAUAAUGUAUAUCAGUUAUUCCUCUCCAGAAGAAGUGUUUUGUCCUGUUAUGGAUGCGCAAGGACAUCUGGCCUAGUUCUCAACGUUGAACGAAAUUGCACCAACUUGUGUGGAAUACAAGAAGGGUAUAUCUUUCAAAAACACAUCGAAGAGGUUCCCAUAGGAGGAGACCUAAUCGAUCGAAUUUAUCUAGCCUAUCUAGAAAAUGUAAAAAAUAUUAAAAUAUAUCCCUACUUUACUAUUGAGAAAGGUCAAAGUGGUGAAAAAAAGAGCAACGAAAUUAGAAUUUUAAAAUGUCCCUUGGUUACAAAAUCGUAUUAUCUUUGGGGAUCUCUCCAUGUAGCUAGUCAUUUAAAAGAAAGCUUAGGUAAUGAAUGUCAUCCCAUGAUUGAUAAAAUUAAAAGAAAUGAAAACAAAAAUGAAUGUAACACCACUUAUAAAUUACCCGACGGUAGUAUUAUAGAUCAAAAUACAUGCGAAUCGUUAAGACUUAUUUUCCCAUACAUUUUUUUUAAAAAAAAAUACAACCAAAAUAGUAUAAGUAAAUUAACCGGAAUAACAACACUACAUAAUAUGGACUUUAACUCAUUUUAUGAUUCGCUAAGAACGUUAAAACUUCCAGUUUUAUACAAACAUAAUUACAGAAUUAAUGCCAGCACCUCCGUCGUAGAGAGAGUACCAGACAACCCAGCUGAUAAGAACUCCAACAUAUGCAACUCAGAUCAAAUUGAGACUUACUUUGAAAUAUUCGAUGGUCUACAAGAUUUUAUCAAAAAAGGAAUUUUAUCCUUUAUAUCUGCAAAUAUGAACUUAGAUGAAGUUCUUAACUUCCUGAUAGUAACUGGAGAAUCCACCAUGUUUCAUAACUUUGUUGGAAUUUUAAAAUCGUACCUACCUUUUAUAGAUACAAUAAAAGAGAAGAGCACACAAAUUAUCUACAGUAAAGGGGCCGAUCGGAAGUGCAACUGCUUUAUAGGUGCUUCCAUUUUGUCCUCCCUGGGCACGUUUCCGCAGUUCUGUAUGACCAAAAGUGAGUACGAGGAGUAUGGCGUGAAAAAUAUUGUCGAUAAGAAGUGUGUAUGA